AUGGCCAGCGCAAGUAAGAAGGCCCCAGACCGGCUGGCAAUGACCCUGCCAAACGACGACCCGGAUCUCGAGAAAGGGGGAGGCGACACAAGCAAGGUCCUGAGCAUCCUGCGGUCCGAGAAAACAGAGCCCAAGCUUCGAAAGCUUCUCCAGAAGAUGCGGACAUGGCUGCCGCCGGUUGAGAACGGAGUGAUGCAGGAGCCACAUCCCUUCUGGACGUUCUGGGACGCCCUCGUCCGGAUUAACCAGUGCAUCAACCUGUUUCUGAUACCGCUCCAAGCCGCCUGGACCUGCUCGCUGGUAUUUCCGGGGACCCUGUGGAUAGCGGGCAUCAUGGACCUGAUCGAGAUCGUCGAGGUCAUCUUCCGGCUGGUGCGCUCCUAUGAAGACGAGUUCGGGUACCCAGCAAAGUCGCGCCGGCAGGUCCAGGGCAACUUUCUCCGGACCCAGAAGGGUACCUUGAUCAUCCUGACCGUAUUUCCGGCCGACCUGGCUCUCUACAUUGGCGUCUGGAUCGUGGCUGACCGCUCGAUCUUCACGACAUGCACGUCCGCCAACCUGUCGCUGUCGCGGAUUUGGUCGAUUCUGCGGAUCGCGCGGCUGUACUCGGCCAGCCGGGGAUUUUUAACUUGGUUCCUGUCCGUCCAUUUGCCUGGAACGCAUGUGUCCAUUUCGCGGCUGAUCAAAAACGUCCUGGCGAUCAUCACCAUUUCCCACUACUUUUGCUGCGUCUUCUGGUUCCUCAACACGUUCGAAACCUCGCCCGACCGAUGGAUCGAUGUCGACCACCUGCUCUUUGAUGCCAACGGCGUAGCCGUGCCCUUUGGGACGCAGUAUCUCUUUUCGUACUACUCGGCGCUCAAGGCGGUGUUCUUUAUCUUCCGGAGCGUCAACACUGACGUCGAGAAGGGCUUCUCGAUAUUCGAGGUUCUGAUGUCGUCGUGUGUGUUUGGAUCGUUGUUUGGCAACAUUGUCAGUUUGAUUCGAUUCCUGGACGAAAGCGUGGUCAAGAGCGAAGCAGAGGAACGAAUCAUCUUUCGCCACAGCAACCUGCGCGACUACAUGCGGAAAAAAGCCUUCCCCGUCGAGCUCCAGAAGCGCAUCACUGCAUACGAAAAAUUCUUCCAGGCGCGGAGUCAAGGGCUCGACGAGAAGGAGAUCUUUCAGGAUAUGCCGUAUGUGUUGCGGGGCGAAAUCGCCCUGUUUCUGUACGGCAAGUAUAUCGAUCGUGUGCCACUGUUCCGGGAUCGUCCCCAGACAUUCAAGCGGGCACUGAGCAUGAAGAUGCGCACGAUCAACGUCGCGGCGGGAUGGUAUUUGUUCCACGAAGGAGACGACGCUCAAGAAAUGUACGUUAUACGCAAGGGCGAGGUCGAGGUUUGUUCUGGAGAUGGACAAACGGUCUUUAUGAACCUCAAGAAAGACAGCUUUUUUGGCGAAAUCACGUUAUUUGAAGAGUGCACACGAACGGCCUCGGUGCGGGCCGUGACGGACACUGAGAUGUGCGUGCUCCUACGGAUGGAUGCCCGAAGCGUCUUCUUGGAGCAUCCGGCAGUUCUUCUGGAUAUUCUUUCGCUUAUUGAGGAUGUCAAGCGUUCCGAGGAAGCUCGAGUCGAGCCUGUUGAGCCACCCAAGGAUGGUGGUAUCAUCGAAGAGGAGUCCGAAGAAGAGGGCGAUGCCCGGUACAUGAGCACGAGCAGCAUCGUGAGCUCGGAAAUGGAGCGCCGCCAUGACCGUGGAAAGCGGUCCCCUCCAGUUCAGCGGCACAAGUCACUUCUCCUUCGCGGAGGGCGGUAGAGCGCUUGUAUCGAACAAUACCGCGCCAGCUGAAGCUGGCCAUCGAGUGUAUCUGGCGCACGUUUCUGCGUCGGUCAGCGUCGGUGCUGAUGCCACAACCGGCGCUCCUGCUUACAACUUGGGUGGACAUUGUAGCUGGCUACAAAGCAGGGGUCUCCUCUCCCCACACACAUCCCCAAGUCCGGAUAUGCGGCUUCAUGGGCAGAUCCAAGGGCAGCUUUGUUGGUCCCUUCGAUCGCUGGCUCUCAGAAACAGACAGCGGCAGCAUGUUAUAGAAUGGGUAUAUUCAUCAUGC